UUAUUGGACCCUCGAUGCACCAAAAAUAUUAUGAACUCGGCAUGGUCUUUGAUCAUGAGAGAUUUGUGUUUUCAAAUUCCAAUCUCACGGAUAUCACAAAUGAUGCCAUUCUUGUGACUUCGAUUAUGGACACUUACUUUCAGGAACUCCGUACGAGAAUAAUGCUGCGUGCGCUUGAAGUGUGGUCAGAGCAAGACAGAGUCGAUGUUAAUUUUUCAACGUUACAGGAAGCGUUAGGCCAGUUUUUGAUAUACCAAAGAAAUAUCCUAAGUCGUCAGUUUCAAGUAGAUUGGUCACAACUGUUCAUUAAAAGACAUUACAUUGAUGCGGUUGCCUGGUCCUGGGGGAUAGUGUGCACCAAGAGGUAUGCAGGAUCUGUCUGUGUUUUUCCAGACACAAGCAUCCUUGGGCCUGCCACUUGGAGUGCCCAUAACAUUGGCCAUAGUUUGGGAAUGCUCCACGAUGGACCCACCUGCAGGUGUAACGGUCGGCGGAAUUGCAUCAUGGGCACCGGCCGGUUUGGGUUUAGCAACUGUAGCAUCAUUCAUUUUUUCAACCACGUCCACAAAGAAGCAAACUGUCUAAAUAAUAUCCCAGGAGAAGAUUAUGUGGUGAAGAGAUGUGGAAACAAAAUUGUGGAAGACGAGGAGGAGUGUGAUUGUGGCUCCUUAGAGGACUGCGAAAACGAUCUUUGCUGCGAACCGGGUUGCCGCUUGAGGCCUGGUGCCAGCUGUAGCAUUGGACUGUGCUGCCACCAAUGUCACUUUCGUCCCUCUGGCUAUAUGUGUCGGCAGGAGGAAAACGAAUGCGACCUCGCUGAGUACUGCGAUGGGACCUCCAGUUUCUGCCCCAAUGACACGUAUAAGCAGGAUGGCACCCCGUGCAAGUACAGCGCCCGCUGUUUCCAGAAGGGGUGUCAUUCUGUGUAUAUGCAGUGCCAGAGCCUCUUUGGAUCCGACGCCCGGGAGGCUCCCACUGAGUGCUUUGAAGCAGUGAACUCAAUAGGGGAUCAGUAUGGGAACUGUGGUAUCAUAGGAGCUGGCAACUAUAAGAAGUGUACCACCAAGAACGCCAUCUGUGGCAGGGUGCAGUGUAUCAACGUCGAAACCCUCCCUGACCUGCCCGAUCACACGAGUAUCGUGUCUACUCAUCUGGAAGAUGAAAACCUGAUGUGCUGGGGCGUCGGCUACCGUCUGUCCUUGAUCCCCAUGGGGAUCCCUGACCUGGGUGUGAUCUAUGAUGGCACCUCCUGUGGCAAGGACCGGAUAUGUGUGAACACAACGUGUCUUAACAUCUCAAUCCUGAAGUUUGACUGUGUGCCCGAGAAGUGCAACCACAGAGGCUAUUGCAACAACAACAGGAACUGCCACUGCAUGUACGGCUGGGCGCCUCCACUCUGCGAGGAGCAAGGGCGACACAUAGGAAGCUAUUUAAGUCCCGAAGAGAUAAAACCCAAAGGAAAAGAAGAGCCACCCAAAGACGUAAAACCCAAAGAGAAAGAAGAGCCACCGGCGGACACUGAAGGGAAAAAACCCCCAGCAAAAAAAGGGAAAAAAAAGAAGAAAAAGGGAUCCAAGAAGCCGUCAGUCACUCAUUAACACAGGGUCCCAUCUUGAACAAGUUUAUCAUUUAUCCAAAUGGCUCUUCAUUCUUCUCCAAACUCUUUUUUUUUUUACCAACUUCAUGGUUGACCAGCAAAAUAAAUGAUAUUCUUGUUUGGGAGACAA